GCUUGAAUGACAAAGCAAUAGAUGCUUGGAUUGAGUGAUUCAGUAGUUUUUGAGUUGUGUUUUGUAUCGCAAAUCAAUUGACAACAAAUCCAAACCCAAAGACCGCAACAAAUGGCCAAAAGUCGUCUGCAAUACGAAACGGACGGACCGUUUCAGAGGACACAAUCGCCGGUCACGACCGGGACGUCGGUCUUAGGCGUGGCCUUCGAUGGCGGAGUAGUGAUCGCCGCCGACCUGUUGGCCAGCUAUGGCUCAAUGGCUCGCUUUCGGGACAUCUCUCGCGUCCAUCGCGUGAACGACAAGUGUGUCAUCGGCUGUGGCGGCGAUUACGCCGACUAUCAGUUCCUUCUGAAGGCCAUCCAACAGAAGAUGAUUGAGGAGAACAACCACAACGACCGGCACUCGCUCUCACCCAACGCUCUCUACUCGUGGCUCACGAGAGUCCAGUAUAACCGCAGGUCUAAGUUUGAUCCGCUCUGGUGUCAGUGGGUUGUCGGCGGACUCAAUCCCGACGGCAAAGCAUUUCUGGGAUAUGUGGACAAACUCGGGACGGCCUACGAGUGUCCGUCGAUCGCCACGGGUUACGGCGCGCACAUAGCGUUGCCGUUGAUUCGCGAAGAGAUGGACGCCCGCGGAGGACAGCUCACCGAACAGCAGGCGAAGCAACUGAUCAACAAAUGUCUGACUGUCCUCUACUACAGAGACGCCCGAUCUCUCAACAAAUACGAGUUGGCGGUCGUGAACAACGCCGGCGCCAAAGUGGACGGACCCCUCACUCUCGAGUCCAACUGGAAUAUCGCCCGAUAUGUCAAUGGAUACGAAUAGACAUCGGCUUUGAUUUGAUUUCCAUAUUAUCUUUUAAUUAUUUUUGUCGAUCCUUUCCAUAGAGAGAGUGAAACCAAUUUGUAUUGAAAUUUGUAUUUAAUUUUUAUGCGAAAAUUAAAUUAAUAUUGAAUUUCUGUUUUAUAUA